ACAAAUCGUCUCCAAAAGUGACCUGUUUAAAUUAUCUCGAACUUUCAUAAAUGGGCAUAUUCUCUCGACUCCUGCCACCUCUUGCUAGUGCUUACGGACUUCAAGCGAUCUUCGCUCUGAUAUUCGUGCCUCAGAAGAAUGAAAGGUUCUAUGACCUCGGUGGUGCACUGGGGUUUCUUUCUACGACGUUCGUUUCUAUGUAUUACCCUGCACUGAGGGACAAAUACGUCCUUGGAAAGAACAUCCCUCUACCCAGACUUUCAUCUUUUGCUCCGAGACAGCUGCUCCUGACCGGAUGCCUGGUACUCUGGAGCACCCGGCUUGGAUCAUUUCUCGUAACUCGAGCAAUGAAAACUGGAGGAGAUUCGCGUUUUGACAAGGUCAAGCAUCAACCGGGAAAGUUCACGUUUUACUGGAUGGCACAAGCCGCAUGGGUAUUCCUUGUCGGACUUCCAGUUUACUUGGUAAACACAUUGCCUCCUAAUCUGCAUCCAGCGCUUGGUCCAAGGGAUUAUGUCGCCUUGAGCCUCUUUGCUUCCUCCUUCCUUUUCGAAAUAGUCGCUGAUAAUCAAAAAAGCGUCUGGAGGAGGGAGAAAAACGAAAAGAAGCACGAUGAGUCUUUUAUUACUCGUGGUCUAUGGAGUAUCAGCAGGCACCCUAACUACGUGGGCGAAGUCGGAAUCUGGACGGGAAUAUGGGCCUUAUCGGCCUCGUCUAUGCAGACUCCAUAUUUUCCAAAAGUAGCACCACUUAUCGCGGCGGCAAGCCCGAUAAUCACAUAUUUACUCCUAAGAAACGUGUCCGGUGUGCCUCUUCUAGAAAAAGCCGGCGACAAGAAGUUCGGUGAUAAUCCCAAGUGGCAGGAGUACAAGAGGAAUGUGCCUGUCUUCUGGCCAUGGGGACCUGUGGACUAGACACAUAAUGUUGUAGGCAAGGUGGUGGCGUUUGCCUUUGAAGCGUUAGGUUAGGCAUUCGGAGUUAGUUAGAACUGUCCGUAAAUGAUACUGUAUUGUUAUUGUAGCAUUUCCAC